AUGGGUCAAUUUCUAUUUUGCAUAAUAGAUUUCUUUUUCAUUCCUGCAGAGAAUCACCCCAACUCUCAAAGGAUGAUGACUACAGAGAAUCAUUCUAUAGUAACUGAGUUUAUUAUCAUGGGAUUAAAUGACCAUCCAGAGCUCCAACUUCCCCUCUUCAUCUUGUUCUUAGGAAUCUACAUUGUCUCCAUGGUUGGGAAUUUAGUACUGAUUUUACUAAUCAGAAUCAGUUCUCAGCUUCACACUCCCAUGUACUAUUUUCUUAGUAACUUGUCCUUCAUAGAUCUCUGUUCCUCCUCUGUCAUUACUCCCAAAAUGUUGGUGAAUUUUGUAUCAAAGAAAAACAUCAUCUCCUACUCAGGGUGCUUAACCCAAUUCUUUUUCUACUGUUCUUUUGCUGUUUCUGAGUGCUAUAUGCUGACAGCUAUGGCCUAUGACCGUUAUGUUGCCAUCUGUAGCCCCCUGUUUUAUUAUAACACCAUGUCCCAAAGAGUCUGCUUCCUGUUGGUGUCAGGGGUAUAUACAAUGGGCACUUUUUCAGGUCUGAUUCAAACAGCCUACUUGGCCAGACUACUGUUCUGUGGGGACAAUAUUAUCAGCAAUUACUUCUGUGACAUCCUUCCCCUCCUGAAGCUCUCCUGCUCUAGCACUUACAUCAAUGAGCUUCUGUUGAUGUUUCUGGUUGGAUUCCAUUCAUUGGUGACUACAGUACCCAUUUUUAUCUCUUAUGCUUUUAUUUUUUCCAGCAUCCUCAGUAUCCGUAAUGCAAAGGGGAGAUCUAAAGCCUUCAGUACCUGUGGCUCCCAUCUAGCAGGUGUUAUCCUCUUUUAUGGGUCCAUUAUUUUCAUGUAUUAUAAACCAGCUUCUAGUUACAAUGUAAUCCAAGAAAAGGUGGCUUCAGUGAUUUAUACUAUGGUUAUCCCAAUGCUGAAUCCCCUGAUCUACAGUCUAAGGAACAAGGAUGUGAAAAACUCCUUAAAAAAAGUCACAAAAGGUGAGGCAUUUCCCUGA